AUGAUGCAUGCGUUCAUUUCCAUUGUGUCUAUAACUCUCAUCCUCGUGGCAGUUAGCGAAAAUUGUGACGGGACAAGAACAAGCGACCACCUUGAAAAGAUAUACCACCAUGAAAUAAAAACUAAACGGCACAGGGAAUUGGCAAAUGAACAAUGUACGAAAAGUGAGAAGACACGAUUGCAUCACCAUCGACGAUUUCCAAGGGCGUUACCAGAUUCCAAAAAGUACUUCUUCGGUAAGGCCGCGUAUUUCUCAGGGGAUGCCGAAGUGAUUCGAUACAAACUGCCGAAGAAUGCCAAUCACAACCUGCCCCGCGAGGCGUUCGCUAUCGAAGCUUGGUUGAAACCAGAAGGUGGACAGCGAAAUAAAACGACAACUAUUGUUGGUCUACACGAUGCAUGUGGUAUGUCCAUUACUGAUAGAGGCUGGUCUAUCGGCAUACAUUCAAACGAUAAAGAUUCCGAGCAGAAUGCAAAGUUGUAUUUCUCCCUUCGAUCGGAUCGGUCUAGAGAUGCCACUAUCAUUACAGCUCACAACCAAUACGAACCAAAUCAUUGGGUACACGUGGCCGCCAGCUACGACGGUACAACUAUGGUAUUAUAUAUUAAUGGGGCUAAGGUAGCAACAAGUUCAAAUCAGAGAGGUGAUAUUUUUAGCAGGUCGUCAAGUCAAUGUAAAGAACUCGACAUCGGUGGAAAUCCUCUGACGGGAACUUUUUAUCGUGGUGUAAUAGAUGAAGUAAUCUUAUGGUCAGAAGCAAGGUCACAUGUAGAAAUUAAGGACAGUAUUUACAGCAUUUCACGUCGUAAGGAAAACCUCAGUAAAUUAGACGUUUACGAAGAUUUCUCUGACAUGAACGACUGGGAUGUUGUAGUUGACUCUGAACCCAGGAUUAUUAAUUCAGAUAUGCCCUCUGACUUCCAUGACGUCACUCUCAAGACAAAUGCAUGCAGCGAAACUGUAUGUGAUGACCCGGAUGUUACAAUAAGUUAUACCGAAAACUGGUCGCUAAGAAAACCGAAGACGCUUCGCUAUCGUGUAAUUAACGUGUAUGAAGAUGACCAAACUAACCCGACUGUCAGCCAAGAACAAAUACAUUAUCAACAUCGUGCGAUUAAUGUUGCAUUUAAUAAGUAUAACAUAUCAUGGGAGCUAACAAUAGUUAAUGUCACCAACACUGCAUUACGGCGCCGUGCAAUCACAUAUGGAUGCGACAUAAGCAACGUUGGAAAUGGCGUGUGUGACGAUGAAUGUCGCCACGAACGUACAGGCAAUGAUGGCGGAGAUUGUGACGAAGAGAGCCUGAAAGGAAAGUGUGAGGCGUCUAAGCAAUCUAAUGGAAAGUGUGACAGCGACUGUAACAACGCAUAUCACAACUGGGAUGGUGGAGACUGUUGUCUUGGCAACCCAGGUGAAGCCACGCAGUGUUAUGAUCCAAGGUCUUCAAACAGGGUGUAUUUGGACGUUGAUGAAUACAAGACACUUCUUGGUUUUGAUAAUAGCGAGUAUUUGAGCAUUUACUUUGCUCAGUGGACGAAUCGCAACUUGCAAGGAAUUGCAACAUUUCCUUGGGAAAAAGAGGUGUAUGAUAUUCUUGGUGGCAUAAUCCUACAACCCGAUCACUAUGGUAAACCGGCAUAUACCAAGUCAAUGGUUCAUGAGUUGGGUCACGUGUUAGGUUUAUGGCACACUCACCAUGGAAUAUCAGAAAUGGGAUGCACUGAUGAAUGUUUAGAAAUUUACCCAUCGCUAGAACUCGGAGAUCUUAUUGCUGAUACAUAUCCAACUCCUUUGAAUCAGCAUUGCAGGGAUCCCAAACCCAAUGAGUUUGAUAAAUGUGGAAUACAGAUUGACUAUAUCAACACCCCAUUUAGAAAUUACAUGGGAUAUGCAGACAACGCUUGCAUUGAUAAUUUCACACCUCAACAACGUGCCCGUAUGCACUGCUACAUUGAUUUGAUAUACAAGCCUUGGCAAGACAGUAAAACGCCCUCAAUGGUGCCAUUACCACCGAAAAUUAUCUCUAAAGGAGAGGGCUCUAUUAGUAUGGCCUGGGUGCCAUCACUAAGUCUCAAUCUUGGUGGACCAGGCAAUGAAUGUAAUGAGUGUUCCCAUGACAACACAUUGAUCCAGUAUGCUAAAACAGCAUAUUCUCCUAACCCUUCAUGGUCUUUUGGGGACACAUCCCAAGCAACAGGCCCACCAGAUGCAGAGCACUGCGAUGUAAGUGGCAAAGCCUGGAUGCCCAAGGAUAUUGACUGUGAAAACUGCUAUAUUGAAUUAGGUUUUGAGACCAACAUAGUUCCAAUACAACUGUCAAUAUGGGUAGCUUGGAAUCCAUCUGAUGGAAUAAAAGAUGUUGUACUUGUAUUUAAAGAUGGCACUGAACAAUCUCUUGGCGCAAUUACUGCAUAUUGUGAUAUGCCAUACACAACACAGUUAUUUGUUGGUAGAAGGGUUAUUGAAAAAGUGCGCAUACAUGUAACGAAUCAGUAUGUUAGUAUUGAUGCAGUGCAGCUGACAUCUGAAAAGGACCACCCCGUCUGCAAAGAAUGUAAACCAUUAAGAUAUAUUAUACACCGCACACCAGCAUUUACAUUGGGAGAACAUCGUGUUACAGUGCAGGCACCUUACUAUCAUGACAGUGAUUUGAGUCUUGGAACCCAAUAUGUAUACAACAUACAAGCUGUACAAGGUGGUCAAUUAAGUGAGAUGUCACCAUCUUUGCUAUAUACCCAUGGACAGUCAUUUUGUGGGGAUGGCGUUAUUGACAGAUCUCGCAAUGAAGAGUGUGACGAUGGCAACGCCAUAAAUCAAGAUGGAUGCAAUUUAAAUUGCAAAAUUGAUGAAUUCUUUCACUGUAAAGGAGAACCAAGUUUAUGUUACUUACAUGAUGGAGAUGGAAUUUGUGAGGAUUUUGAACAACUUUCCAGUGUUCGUGAUUGUGGUUUUUAUACACCACCUGGCUAUAGUGACCAGUAUGCAACAACUGCUGUAGCAAAUCCAAUGUAUCAACAUGAUGACUGUCCUGAAAGUGUAGUCAUUGGUGAACCACACUUAUCACAGAAAUGUGAAGCUGAGAUUGAUCCUUCCACUGCAUGGCGUCCAUGUAAUGUUGUUUUAAAUGAUGGUGACUAUUGGCUGAGGGUGGGAUUUGACAGGCCUUUGGUUGCUACCACUGUCAUUAUUUAUAUUGCUUCUGAUGGAGCGUCCACAUUGAACUUUGAACCCAAUUCCAUGUCAAUAGAUCUUAUUGAUACAGCUGAUAUUAGCCACCCUCUUGGAACCAAUGAAAUUAUGCUAUUCUGCAAAGACAAUCCAAUUCACGUCGGCGUCGUCCAUGACCUUAGUAAACCCUUUUACCUUACAAAAGCGGUUUUAAUCAAGUUCACUUCUCCAAAUAUAGCAAUCUCGGCAGUGGCACUACGCUCACACAAUGGAUUGGAUCCAAUCACGUUAGCCGGGUGUCAUCCGGGUGAACUUUAUAAUCCAGCCACUAAGCAGUGUACUUCGUAUCAAUGUAAAAAACCAAUGUGUAAUAAACUAACCAUUAAACAUGCCUCGUCUGAUUGUCAGGACAACGAUAAAGAUUACGUGGAAGGUGAUAUUUGCAAGGUGAAAUGUAUUAAUGGCUACGUACCAAAUGAAAGUAAACAGGUGUUGUGUGUAGGUGGUAAUUGGCAAGGCUUAUCGUCUCUAUCCUGUAUGCCUAUUAACUGUGGUACACCAAAUAUUGCCCAUGCAGAGGUAGUUUGUUCUGAUGGUACAACAUUUGGUAAACAGUGCUCCUUUAAAUGUAUUCACCCAGCUAAGAUGCAAGGUACCGAUAACACAGUAGUGUGUGAAAGUGAUGGCAUGUUUAGCCUGCCAGAUGCAUUCUGUCAGUUGAUGUGUGAUGCACCACAGUUACCAACAAAUGCAAUACUUGCAAAUCAGAAAUGCCAACACAGUGGCCACAACGUUGGUACGUCUUGUAAGUUUCGCUGUAAAGCAGGAUACUAUAUAAAAGGACAACCAUACAGCAGAUCAUUCCGUCAUGUAUGCGGAGAAGACGCUGAAUGGCACGGACAAACAUGUGAGCCAGUCCAGUGUGAACCUCCCCCACUACUGUAUUACGGCAUGUAUAACUGCACUGAUGGAUAUAAUUCAGGAAGUGAAUGCAAACUUCGCUGCCCGGGAGAGUCUGGUGAUUCAGAUAAGUUUCGUCUUUUAUCAGCCAAUUUUACAUUGAGUCCAUAUAAUGGUGCAGAGAGUCUGUUUUGGAUGUUCAGUGAAAAUGCAGAGAGAGCAGAUUCUGAAAGUAUCUAUCACAGUAGAACAUCAAUAUGUGGUAAUAAUUACGUUUUGCCUGAAAAGAUAAAGUUUGAUGAUCAUGUACCAUCACAGUUCUACAAGAAACUCGUAGCCAUGGAAGGAUCAUACAAAUCUAAAUACAAGACAUGA